AUGAAAACUCAAGAAUUUGUUCAGCUACAUGUAAACGAGUUUCUGCUAAAGCAGAAAGCAUUACAAGUUCGGUUAAUGGGAGGUGAAAUAGGUAUCAUUGAUAAUGAUAUUGGCGAAAAGGGCAAUUGCUUUCGAUGCAACAUUUUUCUUAUAGCAUGUCAGUCUCAUGUUCAAAAACAUCAAGCAAUUAAUAGUAUCAGUAGCCAUCAGAAACCAGAAGGAUCCGAUGUCAUUCUUUUCAUUAGGGAGGAGGAAAGAAGAAAAGUUCUUCAUAGAUUCAUGAUAAACAUAGGGUUAAGGGCACAUGUUGUGAAGUGGCUCGACCAGUUUUCUCCUACUCUCAAGAAGGUGAAAAGGAAAUUAAUCACCUUUCUGUCAUAUAACUCAUCAUCUUUAGGGAAAUCAAAGGAAAUUCCCCUUAGUGCUUUAGAUGGAACAUAUGAUGAUUAUAUCCCAUCCAUUCAGAUGAGGGGUAGAGGACUUUAUUCUAAGAGUGCAGUUAUAAGAUUCAUCUUGAUCAUAAUUGACACAAGUGUUGGACCAUUGCGAGAAAUAAGUCGUGUUAUGGCUGAAUUUCGAAAGGACUUCCCGAAGAAUAUCUCCCUUCGAGUUGUUUGGCUCGAUAAACCAGGCAUAGAUGAGGAUAAGCUACCUUCAACAGUUAUAGAUGUAGUCAUGGCAAAACCACUACAUGGUUCUUGUUUAUAUCAUGUCCUCGGAUUUGUAGCAGAGUUUGGAGAUACAAUCUUACCAACCAUUACACAAGAAGUAAGGGAGGAAAGAACUUCAAGAAUCAAGAUUCUGAAUACUCCAAUGAGGUCUAGAAGUCCAUGCCUAGAAGGAGAAAUACAAGAUGUUUCUGUUGAUGUUAUCUAG